CAAUUCCCCAACCUAAAACCGCGCAUUCAAAAUACGAUUUCUCAAUGCCCUUCUCCUCGUAGUCGUUUCCUUUUCUCGAUAAACCCUUCUGCUUCUGGACUUCUCCGGGUUUUGGCGGUAUUAUACGUGCCACCAGCACCGUCUACUCCGAUGAUUCGCAUCGCUGCAAGAGCACCGGGCGCGGUGGUUGCUGCCGCUCGAACUGUCCGAAAAGGAUUUUUAUGUCAUGGGUCCUCCGUUCUCUCUCCACAACCCUCUAGAUUCUACACCAAUGGCGGCCCCAUUGCUGACCCAGUGGCUCUUGAAAUGAUCAAUUACGCACUCAGCCAUGCCAGGUCUCUCAAAUCAGAUGACUCGCAUGCACAAGGUCAACUGGUGCUGGAGCAGUGCCUCUCUGCUCACCCGGAGGAUAAUUCAGGCGGAAUGGCUCUGCUUGCUAUGUCUACCCUUUUCUCUGAAAGAGGAAAUUUCAAUGAUGCAAUUGAGAGACUCCAAAGAAUUCAAGAAUUGCCACUCUCUUCUAUGGGCAUUAGAGUUCUUGCCCUGGAGGCUCUUGUUGGAAUCCAUUUAGAAUUGGGGCACGAUGAUACCUCGUCAGUGCUAGCAGAUAAAUGCUUAAAAAUCUUGGAAGAAAUGGGACCAGAAGCUGAUGGUGAAUCUACCUCUAAGUUUCUGCGUGCUCGAGCUAAGGCUGUGAAAGGGCUCAUUGAGAUGGUUAAGGGCAAUCUUGAAUCAGCUGAGUUUUUCUUUCAAGGAUGUCAGGAUGACAGAGGUUGCACUGGCAAUGUUGCUCUGUCAUAUGGAGAACUCUUGCAUGCCAUGCGGAACUUUUCGACAGCAAAGGAGUUGUACCAGAAAGUAAUUCAAGAGAUUUCUGAGAAUAAAGAUUUCAGUAACCCCUAUGCCUCAGGAGCUUGUAAUAUGUCAUCAGAUGCAGUUCUGGUGGCAGCUAACUGUGCUCUGGGGCAACUUGAAGUGCAGCUUGGGAACUUUGAGGAUGCUCAGGAGAUAUUGACAAAAGCAUUGACCAAAACAGAAGAACAUUUUGGCUCAUUUCAUCCUAAAGUUGGGGUUGUCUUAAUCUCCUUAGCCCUCAUGUUCAAGCAUAAAGCAAGGCUUGAGCAUUCAAGUUCUCUUUUGAUUCAAGAGGGACUGUAUAGACGGGCAAUAGAUUUGUUCAAAGCUCCACCCUUGGAGACUGAAAGUGCAAAAGAAAUGGUAGAUAGACAGGAUAUAGCGGCCCUUGCAAGAGGUGGAUAUGCAGAAAUACUCUGCAUUCAACAGAACAGGAGGAGCGAAGGAGAGAAAAUGAAGAGAUGGGCGGAAUCUGCAUGGGGAAAUCAGCGGUUAUCCCUGGCUGAGGCACUGGAUUUCUCUGAAUCGUCUUCCAAAGUGACAAUCAUAGAUGCUCGAAUCAGCAGGGUCCUGUAGGCUUCAUGUUUGCUAGGUUUUGCAGCAGCAGGUCAAUGAUACCAGGGGUGAAAUUACAGAGGAAUGGAGCGGAUGGGCUUCAAUCCUGUGGAUGCAUUGCAUCUCCAUCUACACAGCAUGUAUGAUUUACAUCUUGUAUUAAUUUUCAAAUGUAUGUCUAUAGAGGCAGAUGCUGAGGUCUGCCUGAGUUUUGUAUUAUAAGUCCACAAUUUUGGGACUUGCUCCGAGUGUUAUCUUGAUUUUGUUCUCUCGCAAGUGAUGCAGAAAAGAAGCGUUAGCUUUAAUGUGUUAGGGUUGAACGCUGUUAUGUGCCUCACCUUCUCCCCAAAUUAGCAAGUGAUGGGUUGUAAGGUUGUUUGCCAUAGCUUUUUUUGGUAUUUUUUUAUUAAUUUAUGUUUCUUAAUAAAACUGGUUUUGGUCUUUGAGGCA